UCCUCACUCUUUUUCACGCCUGCAGCCGGGGGGGCACCAUGCAGGCCGUCGGCGAGAAGAGUUGAAGGCACGUUGGGAAGAACUAGGAGGUGGAUGCGCAAUGCCUAACGUGAAAAAUAGCAAGGGCAAGAAGAACAAGCGCGCUAACAGCAGCGGGGAUGAGCAGGAAAAUGGAGCCAUGGCAGUUGCUGCAGGAGCCAUGGCAUUAGCCACAGCGGGAGCCGCAGCUGCACCUUCUUCUGCCACCGUGCUGGCUGCUGCCUCGGCGGUAGCGCCAGUGGCAUCGGCCGCACCUUCCUGUGACAGCAAGAAUGAAGCUGCUUGUGCUACACCAUUGAUUUGUAGUAUAGCCAGACCUAUUGAUCUGGAGAAGGACGACUACCAGAAAGUCCUUUGUAACAAUGAACAUUGUCCAAACAGCACUUGGAUGCAUCUGCAGUGCUUUUAUGAAUGGGAGAGCAGCAUUCUUGUCCAGUUCAACUGUAUAGGUAGAGCACGAAGCUGGAAUGAAAAGCAGUGCCGCCAGAACAUGUGGACUAAGAAGGGAUAUGACUUGGCUUUCCGGUUUUGCUCAUGCCGUUGUGGUCAGGGACAUUUAAAGAAGGACACAGAUUGGUAUCAGGUAAAACGAAUGCAUGAUGAGAAGAAGAAAAAAUCUGGCUCUGAAAAGCCAACAGGACGAUCUGUAUCAGAGUCUUCUGAUGAUUCAAAGAAGUGCCGUGCUCCAACAAAACUCCAGAAAGGAUUGACCUUUGACCCUCCUCGUAGACAUUCAGUGGACAGACAGAACUCUCAAGAAAAGGGUAGCGGCGGAGGAACACAUGGUCUGCGUUCUCCAUGUGUUUCUCCUGGCCAGUCUCCUCCUGCUGGAUACCCCAUCCUCUCUCCUUCUCACUUUAAUGUUCCCCGCAGUUCUAGAUAUUUAGGAGAAUUUUUAAAGAAUGCAAUUCACUUGGAGCCUCAUAAGAAAAAUAUAGCCUCUGGAGGAGUGCUCAGGAGCACCCACUUUGACUACAGUGUUCCUGUACUUCAAGCUCACAGGUCUGGACGAUCUGAUGCACCAGUGCAGUUUCUCCGGAGACUUGACCUUUCUGAAUUAUUAACUCAUAUACCACGGCAUAAAUUGAACACUUUCCAUGUGCGUAUGGAGGAUGAUGCACAGGUCGGGCAGGGGGAGGAUCUACGGAAAUUUAUUUUGUCCGCCCUCAGUGCCAGUCAUAGAAACGUAGUCAACUGUGCUUUGUGUCACAGAGUACUGCCUGUAUUUGAGCAGUUCCCACUGGUGGAUGGAACAUUAUUUCUCAGUCCUUCUAGGCAUGAUGAGAUUGACUAUGAUGUACCUUGUCAUCUUCAAGGAAGGCUUAUGCACUUGUAUGCUGUAUGCGUGGACUGUUUAGAAGGGGUUCACAAAAUUAUCUGCAUAAAAUGCAAAUCUCGAUGGGAUGGAAGCUGGCAUCAGUUGGGAACGAUGUACACGUAUGAUAUAUUGGCAGCCUCCCCAUGCUGUCAGGCCCGACUGAAUUGCAAGCACUGUGGAAAACCCGUCAUUGAUGUACGCAUCGGGAUGCAGUAUUUUUCUGAGUAUAGCAACGUUCAACAGUGUCCACACUGUGGGAAUUUAGACUACCAUUUUGUGAAGCCAUUCUCCUCAUUCAAAGUACUAGAGGCUUAUUGACAAAAGCUUUGUUUUAGUAAUAGCCAUUUUAUAGGUAUUACUACUUUGUUACAUAUCUUUUAUAGGAAAUAUUCUGUGAAAACAAACUUCUUUUCUAAUUAAAAAAAAAAAGUUGCAGCUUUUUUUCUUUGUAUUGUGUUAUGAAAACUUUUGUAAAUAGUAUUUAGGUUUCCCCUGAUGGAUAGGGGAAUGUAAAAUGGAAAUUUGACGGAUGAAUGUAAAUUUAUGCCAGCAUAGUGUAUUUUAUUUCUUUCUUGGUUAAAGUGAACCCGUGCUGCUAGGAAUAUGAGGGCUGUUAUUGAUGACUUGUUUAUAUUGGUACAAGUUCCGGGGUGGUCAUCUCAACCUU